UUGCUGAUGCAGGACCUGAGCACCUUGGAUGUCGCCAAAUUGACGCCGCUGUCGCCAGAGGUCAUCUCUCGCCAGGCCACCAUCAACAUUGGCACGAUUGGCCACGUGGCGCACGGCAAGUCGACGGUCGUCAAGGCCAUCUCGGGCGUGCAGACGGUGCGCUUCAAGAAUGAGCUGGAGCGCAACAUCACCAUCAAGCUGGGCUACGCCAACGCAAAGAUCUACAAGUGCGCAGACCCGCGCUGCCCGCGCCCAGCCUGCUACAAGGCCUACGGCAGCAGCAAGGAGGACAGCCCCAAGUGUGACGUGCCAGGGUUUGAGGAUGCGGAGAUGGAGCUGGUGCGCCACGUCAGCUUUGUGGACUGCCCCGGCCACGACAUCCUCAUGGCCACCAUGCUCAACGGCGCGGCGGUCAUGGACGGCGCCAUGCUGCUCAUCGCCGCCAACGAGCCCUGCCCGCAGCCGCAGACCAGCGAGCACCUUGCGGCGGUGGAGAUCAUGCGGUUGCAGCACAUCAUCAUCCUGCAGAACAAGGUGGACCUGGUGACCGAGGCCAGCGCGCUCAACCAGAACGAGACCAUCCAGCGCUUCAUCCAGGGAACCAUCGCCGAGGCCGCCCCCGUGGUGCCCAUCUCCGCGCAGCUCAAGUACAACGUGGACGCGGUGUGCGAGUACCUGGUGAAGAAGAUCCCGGUGCCUGUGCGCGACUUUGUGUCGCCGCCGCAGAUGAUUGUCAUCCGCUCCUUUGACGUCAACCGCCCCGGCAGCGAGGUGGACGACAUCAAGGGAGGCAUUGCGGGAGGUUCCAUCCUGCAGGGCGUGCUGAAGAUGGGGCAGGAGGUGGAGGUGCGGCCGGGCGUGGUGACCAAGGACGCCAGCGGCGCCAUCAAGUGCAUACCCAUCCGCUCCCGCAUCGUCACGCUGUUUGCGGAGCAGAACCCGCUGCAGUUUGCGGUGCCGGGCGGCCUGAUCGGGGUGGGCACCACGGUGGACCCCACGCUGACGCGGGCAGACAGGCUGGUGGGGCAGGUGCUGGGGCAGGUGGGCGCGCUGCCAGACGUGUUCACCGAGCUGGAGAUCAACUUCUUCCUGCUGCGCCGCCUGCUGGGCGUGCGCACCAGCGGGGACGAGAAGCAGGGCAAGGUCAGCAAGCUGGCCAAGAACGAGGUGCUGAUGCUCAACAUUGGGUCCAUGUGCACGGGGGCACGCGUGGUGGCGGUAAAGCACGACCUGGCCAAGCUGCAGCUCACCAGCCCGGUGUGCACAAAGGAGGGGGAGAAGAUUGCGCUGUCGCGGCGCGUGGACAAGCACUGGCGCCUGAUUGGGUGGGGGCAGAUCCAGAAGGGCCUCACCCUCACGCUCACUUGACCAGCCCUCCCCGCCUCCCGCUUCCUCAGUGCGCUUGUUUUGCUCCUCCCUUGCCCCGCUCCCCCGUCUCCCCCGCUCUGACCCCCACACUGCAUGUGCGGGCGCCGCUCGCCCCUGCCCCCCAGGCAGCGCUGCUGCAAUGCACCUGCCUGUAAUGACGUCCACAC